AUGUCAAUGCAAUAUGCACCAGCCUGGUCACUUUACGGACGCAAAUCAAUGAAAAAUCUUAACGAUAUUCCGGGUCCAGGAACCUAUUCACCUAAAGACUCAUUCGACUCACCAAAUUACAAAAUCGGGACAAGCUCAAGAACAAAUUUUUCCAAAAUAAAUAGCAAUUCUCCUGGCCCAGGAGCCUACAAUCCUUUAGAAACAAAUUUUUCAACUGUAUCUCAAAAAUUCGGCUCUAGUUCUAGGAAAAGUUUGGUUUCUAAUAGCAGUAUAUCGCCAGGGCCAGGAGCUUAUGAAAACAACAUCACUAUUGGUAAAGGACCUCAUAUUACAAUGUCAAGCCGUCUAGCAAAAUUAACCUCUAGCCAAAAUUUGCCAGGGCCAGGUCAAUAUGAUGUAAAUACCGGCUAGGAGGUUUUAUCCAAAUUAUGGUGUAUGGCAAUAGCAGAAAUUAGAUACAGUAGAAGAUUAAAAGACAGGCUAGAAAAACAUUUGAUAAAAAACAGAUGUAUGAAAGAUAUACAACUAUUUCAAUUUAUAAUUAAUAGUAAUUUAAGAAAAAAUAGUAAUAAUUACACAAACUCUGGAGCUUGAACUCUAGACGAAAUAAGAUAGAAAUGAAUUUUACAAGAUUCAUAAGCUAGGACAUUAAUAAAUUAUAAAUGGUAUGAACUAAUUGAAUUGACAACGUGCUCCAAAAAUAAUUAAUUUUUUUGAAUAAAUGCCUGGAUAUACGCUUUUAUAACUCCAAGAGAUAAUUUAUUGAAUUUCAGGGAUAGGACCUUUUAUAAUUCACAUUCUCACGGUACUGUUUAUUUCAAAAAAUUUGGAAUAUAGUGUAUGACUUCUAAAUAUUGAUGAUGCCGAAUAGUUAUUCAAUAAAAUAAGUGCACAGAUUUCAUACAAAUAGAACAUAAGUUUUGCGGCAAUCUUACUCAAGAUAAGAUAGCCUUCACAAUAUUUGCGAUUAAAAAUGCAAAAUAAUAAUUAUAAGAAACUGCACUUAAUAAACUACAUCAGGUUGAACUUUUGUAAAUUAUCAUCCAAAGCAUACAUUUUUUUUAACUGUGAAAGCAAUUUUGCAAUUUAUUUUGUUUUUAGCUCGCAUUAUUGCACUCUUAAUCUAUUUAAAAUAGACUAAUAAGUGUAAUAUAAUAAUAUUGCGCACAUUACUAACUACCCUCCCUCCUCUCCGUAAGCUAACAAGAUCUUUUGGCCGAUCAUGGAAGGGUUAAAUUUUUUUUUAAAAAAAUUUAUAUAUAAAAUUUAUAGACAAUUUUUUUUCGAAAUUUUAAAAACCCCACUACGACAAAAAAUAGAAAGCGAAUAAUAAUUUAAUUUGUAAAAUUUAUGUAUUAAAACUCAAUUUGUUUAAAAUUAAAUAGAAUUAGCUAGAGAUUUCAUUAUACUAAUUAUCACUUAUAAAUCAAAAAUUUUUUCAAUAAAGAAAUUUUUCUAUUAUAAAAUUUUUGUUUGCUCACGAGUGUGAGUUUUUUGGGUUUAAAAAAAAAAUUUAACCCUUCCAUGAUCGGCCAAAAGAUCUUGUUAGCUUACGGAGAGGAGGGAGGGUAGUUAGUAAUGUGCGCAAUAUUAUUAUAUUACACUUAUUAGUCUAUUUUAAAUAGAUUAAGAGUGCAAUAAUGCGAGCUAAAAACAAAAUAAAUUGCAAAAUUGCUUUCACAGUUAAAAAAAAUGUAUGCUUUGGAUGAUAAUUUACAAAAGUUCAACCUGAUGUAGUUUAUUAAGUGCAGUUUCUUAUAAUUAUUAUUUUGCAUUUUUAAUCGCAAAUAUUGUGAAGGCUAUCUUAUCUUGAGUAAGAUUGCCGCAAAACUUAUGUUCUAUUUGUAUGAAAUCUGUGCACUUAUUUUAUUGAAUAACUAUUCGGCAUCAUCAAUAUUUAGAAGUCAUACACUAUAUUCCAAAUUUUUUGAAAUAAACAGUACCGUGAGAAUGUGAAUUAUAAAAGGUCCUAUCCCUGAAAUUCAAUAAAUUAUCUCUUGGAGUUAUAAAAGCGUAUAUCCAGGCAUUUAUUCAAAAAAAUUAAUUAUUUUUGGAGCACGUUGUCAAUUCAAUUAGUUCAUACCAUUUAUAAUUUAUUAAUGUCCUAGCUUAUGAAUCUUGUAAAAUUCAUUUCUAUCUUAUUUCGUCUAGAGUUCAAGCUCCAGAGUUUGUGUAAUUAUUAUUAUUUUUUCUUAAUUUACUAUUAAUUAUAAAUUGAAAUAGUUGUAUAUUUUCAUACAUCUGUUUUUUAUCAUAUACUUUUCUAGCCUGUCUUUUAAUCUUCUACUGUAUCUAAUUUCUGCUAUUGCCAUACACCAUAAUUUGGAUAAAGCCUCCUAGCCGUAAAUACCUUUGAAAAAAUUAUCCCCAAGGCUCCAGGAUAUUCAAUGGGAUCAUCACAAAGAGGCGAAAAAUUGUCAGCAAGGUCAAACGAUGGCAUUCCUGGCCCAGGGACUUACGAUAAUAAACUUUCUAUGACAGAUGGUCCACGCUGAAGAUUUGGGAAUGACAGAAGAAGCCAUUAUAAAAAAAAUAACAAUCCAGGACCUGGAUCUUAUAACUUUUCAAGCACUUUAGACAGUCAGGGAUUCAGUAUCACUGGGAGGAUAUCAGAUAAUAAAGAGCGAUCAAUUACUCCUGGGCCUGGCGCAUAUGAUCCAAAAUUAAUUGUGGACACUCCACAAUUUAGCUUGGGGAAAGCAGGUCGGACUGCGAAUUCGCAGAAGAAAUAUAUACCUGGGCCAGGCGCAUAUAAUCCAAGCCAUUCAGAACCCAAUUUUGCAUCAGUUUUUGGAUCAGGUAAAAGAACUUCAAUAAGCAAAUGUUCAGAUAACCCAGGCCCAGGUGCCUAUUCUGUAUCUUCUCAGCCUAAUGGCCCAGUUUAUUCAAUUAAAGGAAAAAAUCAAAACCAAAAAUCAAACUAUCUGCCAGGGCCUGGCCAGUAUAACCCUCAAAAGCAGGAUACUUCCUUAGCUUACUCAGUUAGUCAUGCGAACAGAAACUCAUUAUCAUACGCCAAAAAUGAAGUGCCGGGUCCAGGUAAUUAUGAUGCAAAAUAUUCAAGCCAAGUGCCUGAAUGGGGAUUCGGCAGUGAUAGAUGGAAGAAGAAAUCUUUUAAUGCAUCUCCAGGGCCAGGCUAUUAUGAGAUUCGUAAUACAAUAGGAGAAAUACCUUCAUAUGCUAAAAGAUAA